CCCUGCCCCCCUUUCAUCAUAUCCCUCUCUCCCUUCUCACACCCACUUCCUCUUCGUCCUCCUUAUACUGCAAGCUCCUGGAGGGCAGGACUGUCUCUUCUCUUUAAAUCUCUAGGGCUUAGCCCCAUUCCUGGCACACAGUAGGAAGCGCUGCAGAGAGAAGAAAGAAGGGAAGCCCUCAGGAGCCAUCAUGCAGCGAUCGAUAAAGUCAUUUUUCCAGCCUAAGAGCGGGGACAAAGUGAAGAAGCAGGAGGAGCCCCCCAAAAGCAGCAAGGAGAGAGAGCCUGCCUCCAAGGCUGCCCUGAAGGAGAGGAAUGCCAGAGAACCUGAGAGUGAGUCCCCUGUGAAAAGGCCUAUGAGGAAAGUGCCCCGAGUCCUGGGGAGUGAAGGCGAGGAGGAAGAUGAGGAGGUGGCCCCGGCAACCCCCCAGGAACAGGACCCAGCCGUCCCCUCCCCGGCCACUUCUCCAGCCAGCUCCGACCCUUCCCCCUCAGAUGCCUCGCCCACCAGCAUCUCCCCAGCAGGGAUCCCAAAGCGUCGGACAGCUCGGAAGCAGAUGCAGAAACGGAAGCUCCAGGAGCUGUCUGAGGACCAGAAGGACAGUAAGCCCAAGAGGCUUAAGAGAGAGGGAGGGGAGAAUGCACAAGGAAGAAGCCCAGAGCAGCCUGAGCUGAACCCAGAGACACAGCCAGCCGAAGAGGCCGAGGGGGAGGCCCCAGAGCCACAGGCCGCUGCUUCGGAGGCAAGGCCGGGCCCAGAGCCAAAGGUGUCCCCUCGGGCACCCAAAGCCUUCAGUAGCUUCUUUACCCCCCGAAAGCCAGCAGCAGCAAAGCAGGCCCCAAAGGAGGUGGAGACGGGGACGGAGGCAGAGACGGGGAAGGAGGCAGAGACGGGGAAGGCUGCGGAAGAGACAUCCAGGGCGCCCCCAGACCCAGCCAACUACAACCCUUCAAAGAGCAGCUAUCACCCCGUGGACGAUGCCUGCUGGAGACCAGGGCAGAGGGUCCCCUACCUCGCUGUUGCUCGGACCUUUGAGAAAAUUGAGGAAGUCUCUGCUCGGCUCCGGAUGAUAGAAACUCUGAGCAACCUCCUCCGUUCAGUGGCCGUCCUGUCCCCCGAAGACCUGCUCCCUGUCCUCUACCUGAGUCUGAACCAGCUGGGGCCCCCCCAGCAAGGCCUAGAGCUCGGCGUGGGGGAUGGCGUGCUCCUCAAGGCAGUGGCCCAAGCCACGGGGCGGCAGAUGGAAGCCAUACGGGCCGAGUUGGCAGAAAGGGGAGAUGUGGGGCUGGUGGUGGAGGCCAGCCGCAGCACCCAGCGUACCAUGCUGCCUCUGCCCACCCUGACGGCAGCCGGGGUACUGAGCAAGCUUCGAGAUAUCUCCCGCCUCACAGGCAAUGCUUCCACAUCAAAGAAGAUCGACAUCAUCAAAAGCCUGUUCGUCGCCUGUCGCCACUCGGAGUCCCGCUUCAUAGCCAGGGCCCUGAGGGGGCGGCUACGCCUAGGCCUCGCCGAACAGUCGGUCCUGGCUGCACUCUCCCAGGCCGUGACCCUCACACCCCCCGGCCAAGAGUUCCCCCCAGCUGUGGUGGAUGCUGGGACAGGCAAGUCAGCGGAAGCCAGGAAGACUUGGCUGGAGGAGAAAGGCAUGGUCCUGAAGCAGACCUUCUGCGAGGUGCCUGACCUGGACCUUAUUGUCCCUGCCCUGCUCCAGCAUGGGCUGGACCAGCUGCCCCAACACUGCCAGCUGACCCCAGGGGUACCCCUGAAGCCCAUGCUGGCCCACCCUACCCGUGGCAUCGGGGAGGUGCUGAAGCGCUUUGAAGAGUCAGCCUUCACAUGUGAAUACAAGUAUGACGGGCAGAGGGCACAGAUCCACGUCCUGGCAAAUGGGGACGUGAAGAUAUUUAGCCGGAACCAAGAGGACAACACAGGCCGAUACCCGGACAUCAUCAGCCGCAUCCCGAAGAUGAAGCAUCCCUCUGUCGUCUCCUGCAUCCUGGACUCAGAGGCUGUGGCCUGGGACAAGGCAAAGAAGCAAAUCCAGCCCUUCCAGGUGCUCAGCACCCGCAAACGCAAGGAGGUGGAGGAGUCCGAGAUCCAAGUCCAGGUGUGCCUGUAUGCCUUUGACCUUCUCUACCUCAAUGGGCAGUCCCUGAUCCGGGAGCCGCUGUCCCGGAGAAGGCAGCUGCUCCGAGAGAACUUCAUCGAGACAGAGGGCGAAUUCGUUUUUGCCACAUCUCUGGACACAGAGGACACUGAGCAGAUAGCCGAAUUCCUGGAGCAGUCCGUGAAAGAUUCCUGUGAGGGCCUGAUGGUGAAGACCCUGGACACCAAUGCCACAUAUGAGAUUGCCAAGAGAUCUCGCAACUGGCUCAAGCUGAAGAAGGACUAUCUGGAAGGCAUUGGAGAUACUCUGGACUUGGUGGUGAUUGGGGCCUAUUUGGGCCGGGGAAAACGGGCCGGACGAUAUGGGGGCUUCCUCCUGGCUGCUUUUGAUGAGGACAGUGAAGAGUUCCAGGCCAUCUGCAAGCUGGGCACAGGCUUCAGUGAUGAAGAAUUAGAGGAGCAUUACCAGAGCCUCCAGGCCCUCGUGAUUCCUGCUCCUCGUUCCUAUGUCCGGGCCGAAGGGGCUGUACCCCCUGACCACUGGCUAGAACCAAGCACUGUAUGGGAGGUUAAAUGUGCUGAUCUCUCCAUCUCCCCGAUUUAUCCAGCAGCCCGAGGGUUGAUGGAGAAUGACAAGGGCAUCUCCCUGCGUUUCCCCCGAUUUGUCCGAGUUCGAGAAGACAAGAAACCAGAAGAGGCAACCUCCAGUGCCGAGGUGGCCUAUUUGUAUAAGAAGCAGCAACAGAUUCAGAACCAGCAGGACUCCCAGUCCUCUGACUUGGAACCUGAAGAUUUCUAUUAGCUCACCCAGUCCUUCCUGGGGGAGCACAGCAAGGGCACUCCUAAUUACUCAAUAAAAUUUUGGGGCUA